AUGGCAGCUAUGGUUGCUGUUUGCACUGCUCUAGCGAGGAAAAAGUUGACAAACUUGGUGAUGAUUGCUGUCUGCCUCAAGGAUCCUGGGAGUCACGCAGUGCUGCAGAGAAGAGGUUGUUCACAAUACAAACAGAUAACCAGCAAUAAGGACCUGCCUGUUCCAAUGGAAAAUCCUUAUGAGGAGCCUCUUAAGAAAUGUAUCUUGUGUGAAAAAUGUGUAGAUUAUAAGAACAUACAGGUAUUUAUGAGAAGAAACCGAAAAAAUUCACAAAAGCGAUUAAGUGAGCUCAAAAACUUGGGUUUACACCAGUUACAUACAAGGAUCCUGCAUAUCUCAACAACCUUAAAAUUUCUUCAGGACACACGACAGUAG